CAACUUUAUAAAAAAUUGUAAUCAUUCGACUUUGAUCAAUUUAGGAAACGGUUGCAAUCAACAUGAAGGCACAAAUUGGAGUAACUUUGGCUACCUUUACAUCUUUAAUAUUGGCUGUACCAAUACCACAAAAUGAUUCACGUAAACAAUUAGUGAAAAGAGGAAUUUUCGACAGCAUUACCCAUUUCCCAUUCCUUGCCUCAUCGUCCUCCGCUCACGGUUCGUCCUCAUCGUCAUCAUCGUCCUCGUCCGACGAUGACCAUGAUUUCCACUCGCACGUCAUCCACCAUCCAGAACUACACGACUUUGGUGGACAUCAUGACGAUUUUUCGCACGAUCACAAUUUCGCCGUAUCAUACCAGAAUCAAUAUUUCGGUCACGGCCACAGUCACGAAUUCCCAACAUCUUACCAUGAACAGCAUUUAUUUGAUGAUCACCUCAGCGACGUGAACAAAUUCGGAUCCCACGAUCCAUUGUUAGACUUUAGUCACUUGGAUGCUCCCAAUCACAUUGGCGAAAAGUUUGGUCAUUUCGAUACUCAUAUUGAUGAUUACAACAACUAUGGUGGAGAUUUGGGACAGUAUUCGAACAUCCAUGCAGGAUAUUUGGAUAUUUCGGAUGAUCGUAAAAUUGACAAUUUAUUGGAUCCGUUGUCACCUAGCCAUUCGUCUUACGAUAGUUAUUGAGUAUCCAUCGCACUGAUUUAUACAAAGAUAAUCGUGCAUGUACAAAACUGAGCAGAGUCUUAGUGUUUCUUAUUUUGUGAUAUCAUACGUGUAAUGUUUUUUUAAUUUUUGUCGCUUUUUGUUUCCAAAUGAGACAGUCCGAGUGUUUUUCCAGAUUUUUUUUAUUAAUUCAGUUAAAAUUACUAAAAUAAUUUCUUUGUACCAUGGAGGUUUUUUACACACAAAGAAAGAAAAAAAAGUAGCUGACUAAUAGUAGACCGACCAACAUUUUGCAUCUGCAAAUGAACAUUAAUUCCAAUUACUUACUUUCUAAAAAUUGUUUUUAUUUUUGUUAUUUUAAUAAAAUUAUGAUUUUAUGCUUGGUGUAUACAGUCAGUUUUGUAUGCAAACACGGUGUAGGUACAUUCGAUGUGUAUAUAUACCAUACCUACACGGUCGGUGUAAAGAAAUGCUAAAUAAUGAAAGUGUGUUGUUGUGUAUUGUAAUUGUAAAAAGGUAUAUGGUCAUUCUGAGAGCGGACACAGGUUGGUGAAAUGUGCAAUUAUCAUUUUGUUCUUGUUUUAAUUUUUAUUUGUACGUUACGAAUUUUCGAUUUCGUAUUACAAAACUUCCUCUCUUCAUUGUAAAUAUUGGACGACGGUUUAUUGGCCAAUUUUUUUUUUACAUUUCUUUUCUGUAGUAACGGUAGGUACCUAUCUCAUCAAUGUGCAAUAGAAUUACAUAAUUAAAAGUUGGAUUAUGUCUGUGUAAUAUUUUAUGUAUUUUACGAACUUGAUUGAGUUAAAUAAUAAAUGGAGAAAAA